CUAGUGAGCAUCAUGUUAAAAUUCGUGGGUUUAUUUUUGUUCAUUCAAAGUGCUUUGUGUGUGAUUUUUGAUUUGAACGAUCUGUAUGAUCCCCUAUCUGUCUUGUGGCAUAAAGGUCCAAGUCGGGUACCGUCAAGAUGUACAAGUGAUGGUGCAUUAGGUGAAUGUAUACACCCAGCAAAAUGCAUAAUUUCUGGAGGUACUGUUGGAGACCAAUGUGGCCGAGGAGACAAAUGUUGCACCUUUCCUGAAAAAUACAAAGAAUGCAAAUCCGGUAGUGGUACAGGAUCUGAACAGGUGGGCGUAUGCAUGAAAAGUAUUUUCUGUCAUAAAUCUGGAGGAGUUCCAAAGGGAAACUCAUGUGGAUUAUUGGAAAAGUGUUGUAUUUAUGAUAACUCUUGCGAAACUUCCACAUCAGCAAAAGUUUCCUAUUUCGAAGGAAACUACAUCACAAAUGCUGAUCAACCAACCACCUGCUCUUAUACAGUUUACUUUCAGAACCCUCACGUUUGUCAAGUCAGAUUGGAUUUUGAGGCAUUCUCUCUUGCAGAAGCCUCUAUAGAUGCCGCGAAUAAUAUUCAGUGCGUACAAGAUUCGCUAAGUAUUGAACCUGACAACUAUGGAAUUCCGGUAAUGUGUGGAAACAACAACAAUAACCAUGUGUAUGUUCAUCUGGCACCAGGAAAUGAAAAAGUUACGUUAACAAUGAAACUAGCUAAAAGAACCGAGGAUGAUGCUUUAGAGUUACCCCAUUGGAGAAUCAAAAUCACUCAGUUGCAGUGCGGUGGAGAUAAGACGGAUUAUGAGAACUCCGCGUCUGAUUUUCCAUUAUUAGCACCAUUGGGAUAUAUACAGUACUUUACCGAACCAUCAGGAGUUAUAAAAUCUUUUGGAUAUGAGAAAUCGUACACAACUGGUCAAUAUUAUUCCAUUGCUAUUAAGAAAGGGGUUGGAUACUGUGGUGCACAAUUGACCCCUAGCGGUGUUAAUUUUCAAUCCACCUACCCACAAACUGAUGAUUCGACAUGCGUUGACUAUUUAGGUGUACCGGGAUUUUCGAUCUUAAAUACAACUUACACAAAUACGGCCAGAUCAUGUAUGAACGAUACAAACCCAUUUAAUUCUGUAACUCCUGGUCCAGUGGUUUUAACAUUUUUUUCGAAUACAACUAGGACUCUACCUGAUUCUACAUCGUUAUCGUCUGAUACAACUUCGUUUCCAUUUUUCUUUAAGUAUGCAUAUAAACUUCUAUCCUCCUGUUAAGAUAAUUAAAUUAUGAGCGUUAUUUUAUAUUUAAUCUGAAUGUUUACCUUUUUAUUUAAAAUAAAUUAUA